GAGCUGGCCAGGAUGGCGCAGUGGAACCAGCUGCAGCAGCUCGACACGCGGUACCUGGAGCAGCUCCACCAGCUCUACAGCGACAGCUUUCCCAUGGAGCUCCGGCAGUUCCUGGCCCCGUGGAUUGAGAGCCAGGACUGGGCGUACGCUGCCAGCAAGGAGUCGCACGCCACGCUGGUGUUCCACAACCUGCUGGGGGAGAUUGACCAGCAGUACAGCCGCUUCCUGCAGGAGUCCAACGUCUUGUACCAGCACAACCUGCGGCGCAUCAAGCAGUUCCUGCAGAGCAGAUACUUGGAGAAGCCGAUGGAAAUAGCCCGCAUCGUGGCUCGCUGCCUGUGGGAAGAGUCACGGCUCCUCCAGACAGCUGCCACCGCAGCCCAGCAAGGUGGACAGGCAACACAUCCAACAGCAGCUGUAGUGACAGAAAAGCAGCAGAUGCUGGAGCAGCAUCUGCAGGAUGUGAGGAAGAGGGUGCAGGAUCUGGAGCAGAAGAUGAAAGUGGUGGAGAAUCUCCAGGAUGACUUUGAUUUUAACUACAAGACUUUGAAAAGCCAAGGAGACAUGCAGGAUCUGAAUGGAAACAAUCAGUCGGUGACCCGGCAGAAAAUGCAGCAGCUGGAACAGAUGCUCACGGCGCUGGACCAAAUGCGAAGGGGUAUUGUGAGCGAGCUGGCUGGACUGCUGUCAGCCAUGGAGUAUGUGCAGAAGAUGCUGGCAGAUGAGGAACUGGCAGACUGGAAGAGACGGCAGCAGAUUGCCUGCAUUGGCGGCCCACCGAAUAUCUGCUUAGACCGGCUUGAGAAUUGGAUAACCUCUCUUGCUGAAUCACAGCUACAGACCCGACAGCAGAUCAAGAAGUUGGAAGAACUGCAGCAGAAAGUGUCCUACAAGGGUGACCCGAUUGUCCAACACCGGCCCAUGCUGGAGGAGCGGAUUGUGGAGCUGUUCAGGAACCUGAUGAAAAGCGCUUUCGUCGUGGAGAGGCAGCCCUGCAUGCCCAUGCACCCCGACCGGCCCCUGGUCAUCAAAACCGGCGUGCAGUUCACCACCAAAGUCAGGUUGUUGGUCAAGUUUCCAGAGCUGAACUAUCAGCUGAAAAUUAAAGUCUGCAUUGACAAGGACUCCGGGGAUGUUGCAGCACUUCGAGGGUCCCGGAAGUUUAACAUCCUGGGGACAAACACCAAGGUCAUGAACAUGGAGGAGUCAAACAACGGCAGCCUCUCAGCAGAGUUCAAGCACCUGACCCUGCGGGAGCAGCGAUGCGGUAACGGAGGCAGAGCCAACUGCGAUGCCUCGUUGAUAGUCACUGAGGAGCUGCACCUCAUCACCUUCGAGACAGAGGUGUAUCACCAGGGGCUGAAGAUCGACCUGGAGACCCACUCGCUGCCUGUGGUGGUCAUCUCCAACAUCUGCCAGAUGCCCAAUGCCUGGGCGUCCAUCCUGUGGUACAACAUGCUGACCAACAACCCCAAGAACGUGAACUUCUUCACCAAGCCCCCCAUCGGGACCUGGGACCAGGUGGCAGAGGUGCUGAGCUGGCAAUUCUCCUCCACCACGAAGCGUGGCCUCAGCAUCGAGCAGCUGACAACGCUGGCAGAAAAGCUUCUAGGGCCAGGUGUGAAUUACUCUGGCUGUCAGAUCACCUGGGCCAAGUUCUGCAAGGAGAACAUGGCUGGCAAAGGCUUCUCGUUCUGGGUCUGGCUGGACAACAUCAUUGACUUAGUGAAAAAGUACAUCCUGGCGCUGUGGAACGAAGGGGUGAAAACCCUCCCUGGCCCUUGGGAAUCCCUCAAUGAGAGCAGCAAGGAAGGCGGCAUCACCUUCACGUGGGUGGAGAAGGACAUCAGCGGGAAGACCCAGAUCCAGUCUGUGGAGCCUUACACCAAGCAGCAGCUGAACAACAUGUCAUUUGCGGAGAUCAUCAUGGGCUACAAAAUCAUGGAUGCCACCAACAUCCUGGUGUCCCCCCUGGUGUACCUGUACCCAGACAUCCCCAAGGAGGAGGCGUUUGGGAAGUACUGCCGCUCCGAGAGCCAGGAGCACUCGGAAGCCACGGACUCAGGUGCUGCUCCGUAUCUGAAGACCAAGUUCAUCUGUGUCACCCCCACCUCCUUCAGCAACACCAUCGACCUGCCCAUGUCCCCGCGCACCCUGGACUCGCUCAUGCAGUUUGGCAACAGCAGCGAGGGAGCGGAGGCCAAUGCAGGAGGGCAGUUUGAGUCGCUGACCUUCGACAUGGAGCUGACACCGGAGUGUGCUUCUUCACCCAUGUGA